GUGUGAUUUUGAAAUCGUCCAGAGCACCACGUUAUGGUAUCUCAGUUGUCCGAGAAUACUGAAUAACUACUCAAGAGUUAAGAGACAAAGUUCCUGAGUGAUACCCUUGUGCACAGAGAUUCAAACCCCUUUAAGAUUAUUCCCUUCCUCGUGAAAUUAAAUAGUCCCUGAAGCUAGAUUCGUAUAUUCGAAAUACCUUACCUUUUCGCCAAGUAUAUGAACUGCACAAAACAAACAAUUAAGAUCCAUAAUACACGCAGUAUCACUCAGUGAGGGAGUGAGUGAAAGAGAUCGAGAUGGAAGCAAAGAGGCUCCUACGCUUAGUCUUCGUCAUCUUAAGCACCGUCCUCCUCCUCUUCUUGACUUUAAUCAAUCUGCCCUACGGCGCCAACCAGCCGGAGGCGCAACUCGACUGCGCCACCUACUCCCCGUGGUGCACCUCCAAGAACCGCAUCCAGCAAAAGACGAUCCUCAAGAAAAAACCACCGCCCAUCCCCACGCGCCACCACUCCUCCGACGUUCCCCGCCACCCGCUUGACCCGCUCACCGUGCAAGAGUUCAACAAGAUCCGAGCCGUCCUCUCCGCCCACCCGCUCUUCAAAUCCUCCCCCUACGCGCUCCACUCCGUCGUCCUCCAGGAACCGCCCAAGCCGCUCGUCCUCGCCUGGCGGAAGGGCGACCCCCUCCCCACGAGAAAAGCCUCCGUCGUCGCCCGCGUCGACGGCGACUCGCACGUGCUGACCGUGGACAUCGACGCCGGCGAGGUGACUCAGUCCCAGCACGACAAGGAGGCCGCUUCCCUCUCCGGCUUCCCGACGAUGACCAUAGAGGACAUGACCUCGGCCAUGUGGGCCCCGCUCUCGAACGCCAGUUUCAACCGCACGAUCGCCGAGCGGGGGAUCGAUCUGGCGGACCUCGCGUGCUUGCCGAUUUCCACGGGGUGGUUCGGUAAGAGCGAGGAGAGCCGGAGAUUGAUCAAGGUGCAGUGCUACUCCACGAAGGGCACUGCCAACUUCUACAUGAGGCCCAUCGAAGGGCUCACGGUGCUCGUGGAUUUGGACACGAAGGAGGUCUUGGAGGUCUCAGAUAACGGGAGGGACAUACCGAUCCCCGCCGCUGCCAACACAGACUACCGCUUCUCCGCGUUAAACAAAAAACAAGUGAAAAGGAUAGUGAACCCGAUUUCCCUGGAGCAACCCGAGGGCCCGAGCUUCACCGUAGAGGACGAGCACACGGUGAAGUGGGCCAACUGGGAGUUCCACUUGAAACCCGACCCGAGAGCUGGCGUUAUCGUCUCUCAGGCCGUGGUGCGGGACCCUGGGACGGGGGAGAUGAGGAGUGUGAUGUACAAGGGGUUUGCCUCGGAGCUGUUCGUGCCGUACAUGGACCCCACGGACGCGUGGUACUUCAAGACGUAUAUGGACGCGGGGGAAUACGGGUUCGGGCUCCAGGCCAUGCCGCUUGACCCGCUCAACGACUGCCCGAGGAACGCGCAUUAUAUGGAUGCGGUGUUCCCCGCAGCCGAUGGAAUUCCGUAUGUUCGGUCCAACAUGGUUUGCGUCUUCGAGAGCUAUGCGGGCGAUAUCGCCUGGCGCCAUUCGGAGUGUCCCAUUACUGACAUGGAGAUUAGAGAGGUGAGGCCGAAGGUGACAUUAGUGGUGAGAAUGGCAGCAUCAGUCGCCAACUACGAUUACAUUGUGGAUUGGGAGUUCCAAACGGAUGGACUAAUCAGAGUUAAGGUGGGGCUAAGUGGCAUCCUCAUGGUGAAAGGGUCCCCUUUUGUGAACAUGAACCAAGUGAAAGAACAAGAAAACCUCUACGGCACCCUUUUAUCGGAAAACGUGAUCGGCGUAAUUCACGACCACUACGUCACAUUCCACCUUGACAUGGACGUCGACGGCUCUGAUAACUCCUUCGUGAAGGUGAAUCUCCAGAGGGAGCACGACUCCCCUGACAAUGCGCCACGUCAGAGUUACUUGAAGGCUGUGAGAAAUGUGGCCAAGACCGAGAAAGAUGCACAGGUUAAGCUCAAGCUCUAUGACCCGUCCGAAUUCCACGUUAUCAACCCGAGUAAAAAGACUAGGGUUGGUAAUCCGGUCGGUUAUAAGGUGGUUCCGGGUGGCACGGCUGCUAGUUUGCUUGAUCUUGAUGAUCCGCCUCAGAAGAGAGGUGCGUUUACGAAUAACCAGAUAUGGGUCAGUCCCUAUAACGAGACUGAGCAAUGGGCCGGUGGGUUGUUCGUGUCCCAAAGCCAAGGCGAAGACACUCUUGCUGUGUGGUCUGAAAGGGAUCGGGCGAUUGAGAACAAGGACAUCGUGGUGUGGUACACCUUAGGCUUCCAUCACAUACCAUGCCAAGAGGAUUUCCCAAUCAUGCCAACUGUGUCAUCGAGCUUCGAUCUAAAACCGGUAAACUUCUUUGAGAACAAUCCUAUCCUCAGGAUGCCUCCUAACGUGGACAAAGACCUGCCAACUUGCAAGGCUGCUGCUUCAGCUUGAAAACUCGAUUAUGCCUUCUGUUGUUGUAUGUGCAUAGAACGAACACGACGCAAGACUUGGAAACUUUGAUGGUGAUCAAAUGUCAGGGAUAUCGUAAUAAAAAAUUGUAAUGUAGCUAGAACUAUUCCUGAAUCUGGAAUCUUUCCUCAGAGAGGCUAAAAUUGACGGAUGUGCCGCUACAGCAUAUGGUUUUAGACAGGCAACUAAGGAGAUUGAAAGCACAAUCACAGGACCCCUUGGCUAGAUUUAGGCAUGGUUUUCUGGAUUACUUGAUGUAUGCAUUGCAUCUUCCUUUCUACUGAAACUGAAUGUAUGCUGCCUUGGUCUUUAUGAGUUUAA